AAUUCCGCCACACUUAAAAGACCCUCGUCGUCUUUCCUGUCAACCUUCUGGUCACGACUAAAUCAGCUUGUAAGCGCUGAAAAUUGCUGAGAGCCAUUUUCGCGAACCAUUAGCCUAUCCCUUCCUUAGCUUCACCUGUACCACGUAAAAAAACCGGGGAUUCGAAUCCUCACCCUCGCUGUCAUUGGUUAGUGACCAGACAUUCAUCAGCUCGACUGCUUUCCUGAACGGCGAACUGCGCAUUCGGUAUCUGGUUGAAGCAGGAUAAUCAAGGUUCAAGACCUAUAGGCUUCCUAUCCCGUCUUUUGCAGUUGCCACCACUGGUUGCCUUAAAAAAAAAUACUCAAAUGCUGGGCAUUCUUGACAAUUCAUCUUCUCCAAAGGAAUCCCAGACACCAACUCACGACGCGCCCAUCAAUCUUCCCGCCUUUCUCGAUCUUGCAGACUCGGCGGCGAGGCUUAACUCGAAUCUUCCUGAUAUUAAUGCCCGUAUUGAGCAAAAACGACAGGAACAUCAACAGCAGCGCGAAUUACAACGCCGCCACUUCGAGGAACAAAUGCGUGCCUUAGAGGCGAAGCAGGCAGAGGAAGAACAGGCUCUUCUUCUGACACCUAUGGUUUCUCUCGGAGAUGGUUUGAAUGAGCAUAUCGCUUUGUCUGCCCCGACCACACCACCGCGCAAUUCGUUCGGUCUUAGCGACCCGGCUUCUGUCGUCUCUGGACUUCCAAUCUUCCAUCAGCAAUCAGUCCUCAAUGAUUUGGUUGAUUAUAGCAAACGCAGUUCCGUUAAUUACUCUGUUGUCGCCAAUUCUGAAAGUGUUACACCUGGCUCGCAUAAUCAUACCGCUGGUGCUAAGUCCAUGCCAGGAAGCCGCCGAGGAUCAUCAGGCAGUCAUGAGAGCGCCGUAAAUGACAUGACUGCCAGCUUGCUCCUUGGCUCGCUUUCACUGAAAGAUCCACAUGGUCCUUCUCAACCUCCAAGUCGGACCCCACAUCGUUCCCAAACUGGACCUGUAGCUUCAAACAUUAGUGCUGCUUCUCUGUUUGAUCAAGACCUUGAUAAUGAGAUAACCAACUCGCUUCGACAUCUUCCAACCCAAACAGAGGAUGAGCGAGUCAAUGUCAGGGCUCACUAUGCUCGGAAAUUGUCCGUAUCGUCUAAUGCUCUCGACCUGGCACCGCUGCAGCAGUCUCGACCAUUCAGUUCAAGGAUUACCGACAGUGUUGGUCUCACGUCGUCAGAAUGGCCCCAAUUCUCGGGUCCCCCUCGUCCUGCGGAAUUUAGCGGCCUUCGCCUCAACACUCGUAGCUCUUCGCACAACCUGGCCAUCGGAACAGAUAGCCCUUCUACGUUGUCUGUACCGACUCCAAUCGUGACUCAAAGUCCUGAUGUGUCCAGAAAGUCGUCUCCCCCCACGUUCUCUGAUGCCUCGAGCCUGACAGGACACACAACUCUCUCGAGUGCUCGUUCCGUUCCUGCGACGCCGUUGACUAAUUUAUCCAACCCUACACUUCGUACUGACCUCGGUAUUGUGUCCACCAAGACACCUGGUGGUCCGGUAUCGCCUUCGCAACCUGUCGAACGUGGUACACCAGGGUCCUCAGACGUGGCCCAUCCUACUUUCAGCCGUGUUUCUCCCGUUAAUUAUGAUGCCGUUGCUUAUAGCUCUAUCCGUGGCGAUGAUCUUCACAAUUCAUACGCAAACGACCCUCUAUACCUGCCAAACAACACGCUUGAUAUUCCAUUUUUCAAACGUGUAUCACGGCUCGCGCAAUGGGAACAACGGGAACACGGGUCGAUUUGGAGGCACGGACACAAAGACCAACGGUCUCGGAGGGCCUAAGCACAGACGAGGUGACGUUGACAGAGAAUUUAACCGCUUCGCUGGUGCUCGCCUGGAGGAUUUGCAAGGCGACAUCCCCGCUUUAUGCAAAGAUCAGCACGGUUGCCGAUACCUGCAAAAAAAACUUGAGGAAGACUCGUCUGAACAUCGGGAUAUGAUCUUCCGUGAGACAUUCUCUCACUUG